GGGAGAAAACAGUGUUCGGUAGUCUUGGAAACAGGCGUCGCGUCGCGGGGAAUCAGUCUGAUUCAACGACAUCUGCAUCUUGCCGCAGCACAUGACAGGUUAAUGAGUGGUUGUUGAUUGCGACUACUAACGGGUUGCUUUUCCCUCCGUUAUCAUGCGGGAUCGCCCACUUCCCCUCCGAUAUUGCCAUCCUCCUGCGACUAGCAUCUAACUGCUGGUUGGCUCAUCCUUUCCUUUGAGACUUUCUCUGUACCUAUUAUCAUUCUUUGGCGGUCUUUGGACUGUUGUUUCUCUCUCUCUUCUGUAUUAUUAUUAACCCAUCUAAUCCUCAUGGACGCGACGGGCGGUACCCCUGGCGUUCCGAAUGCGCAAUUUGCACGUGCUACGAAGUUCGAGCUGGAAGAUUCUUGCUGUCUGAAAUCAAAUCAUUCGUUAGUGGGUGUUGUUCAAAAAACACACCAUGACAUUAACUCGCAUGAACCGCCAGAUGAUUACCUCGUUGUCUCUUACACAUCAGUGCCUGCAGAGGCUCUGGCGGCGUUCUUGGAAACGGGCGUGCCUCCCAAGGGAUACGUCUUUGUUGGGUUUGUCGAGUUCGCGCAAGGGUACUCUCUCAUCCAUGAGGAUGACCUCUUGCUGAUUGACCGGCCUGUGGAAAUUGGGGAGGAUGUCAAACGGCAUCCCGAUGAUACCAUGUCGGGCAUGGUUAUUGACGCAUCAGCCACGUGCACACUUGAGCCGAUUGCGUUUCGAACCUACAAUCCGUCGAUCGGAGAUUUCGACUCUCUUGAGUUCACAGAGGACUCCAGGGGAUACGAGACCGAUAUUCCACCCCCUCAACUGCAUGAUGUGCCCGUGUCUGAGCUCGUGAACCACGAAGAAUUCUCCGAGGGCGACUAUAUCAUUCAUCGCCAAAAGCUGGGCAUCAUUCGGGAGGUUGAGCGGGAUGCCAUUCUGCGCGUUUCCGACAUGCCGGUGUGGGUGGUCAACCCGAAUGUCCUGGAGAUACCUGUCAGAUUCGAUGACAAAGGACUCGUUUGGAUGCCCAGAGACCAGAUCUCCAGAGAUGUUGGGAUGGAAAUGCGUUUCCUCGAGUAUGACUUCGUAUAUCCUGGCCAAUAUGUCUUCACACAGACCGGAAACAUGCGCAGAGUUGAUGGGAGCUCACUCUAUGGGCUUGAUGUCGAUACCAAAGGCUACGUUUUAGCUACACCGGCUACGGAGUAUCGGGUUGAAUGGCUCUGUAUGAAUGUCUUCAGUCUAGGAAUGCCAUAUACCGCUGAACGAUUGGAGCUGCUCCGAGCAUCUUCACUACACGGCCAUGCGGUGAAAUGUGAUUUCGGCAAGGUCCCCGCCGGGGGUGCCAUCAAAUCUGAUGUCUGGCUUGAUAUAGGUGACCGGGUACGUUUCCGGGAUCCGGCAGCGGCCGCUCAGAAAUAUCCGGCGCACCGGCCUAUUCCUACGGAUGAGUCGUUUGGCUAUGAUCUAAACGUGUUUCGAAUCGUUUCCUCCAAGACCAAGUUGACGGUUCAAUGGCAGGAUGGGAGUAUCACGACGGAAGAUUCACGAUCCGUGCAUAGGUUCUACGGAUUUGAUGCGGAGAUUGGACCGGGAAAUAUCGUUGCCCUAAAGGAUGGACUCGAAGAAAUCCAGCGGCCUCCCGUUGACAGCAUGCCCUCUUUCACCAAACGGCUACGUGACCGCAAGAAGGAAACGAUGCGCGCACGAACCGUCGGCGUGGUCCAGACCGUGGACAGUCGAGAACGGGUAGCUACCGUUCGCUGGUAUAAAGAUCCCGAUGUUGAGCUUCUGCAUGGGGGACAGAUGCUACGAGCUUGCUCUUCUCUGGGCGAGCUUGGUGACACCAUCAGCCAAGUUUCACUCUAUGAGCUCAACGUGUUUCCCGGCCUGGACAGAAUACCUGGCGAUAUUGUGCUUCUCGCCCCCGAUACCAUUCAUCAAUCGGGCCUGGAGGUGCCUGAUAUGGGGGGAUUUGGGGUCGCUGGGCCGUGCAAUUUUAGCUACACGGCUUCACUAUCAUUCUUCCAGAUGUAUACAUACCUCGAAGCGAUGAGAAUGGAAAUACUACAUUCGCCGUGGUUUCAGAAAACGACCAGGCUCAAUACUACACCACUUCCCCCUCGGUACGGUUUGCACCAGAAUGGAUCGAGUGCGAGAUUUUCGACCGACUUUAUCGGCCAGAUUAUUUCAACCAGUAUCACGGGGGAUAUCACUGUCCGGAUACUGGGGGGCAACGAGUGUCGCGACGUCCGUGUUCCGUUUGAAAGAAUCAUGAUGGUCAUUGAUGAGGAUGAAGCCAACCCCGCUACGUUUCCCUCGCCGACGGAGCUAUCACCCAUGGAAGCAGCUAGUUUGUUCGACCUACCAGACGAUAUGCAACACACUACCACCUACGAAUAUGAAGGCGGGGAGCGGCUGGAUGAUGGUGGCGAAGACCAGUGGAUGACUGACGAUACAGAUGACUCUAGCGACUUCGAGGGUGCUGACCUUGCAGGACAGAUUGCCAGCGCCCCUUACGUGGAAGAGAUUGAGCUUUCCGAAGAUUCAGGAGAUGAGAUGGGGGAUGACGACUCAGAUGAAGAUAUGGACGCUGUAGUGGAUGAGACGGGCCCACCGGCCCCUGGAACGACGCAGCCGAGCCCCUUGACUGCCCCUCCAGGGUUCCAUAUAUUGGAAGGACUCCCACCCUCGGAUCAUCACUUUAUCGCAGAGGAGGCUACGGGCAACACGGGACCACGCAUCAAGCGUAUCCGAAAGGAGUUCGAAAUCCUUAGCAAGUCGCUUCCUCCCGGGAUCUUUGUGCGGACAUGGGAGUCAAGAAUGGACCUUCUCCGGGUUCUGAUCAUUGGCCCUGAAGGGACCCCAUAUGAGUAUGCGCCGAUUGUGAUCGACGUGCAUUUCUCCAACAAUUUCCCCAACCAACCGCCUGCUACCUUCUUUCACUCGUGGACCAACGGCCAGGGGAGGAUCAACCCCAACCUGUACGAAGACGGCAAAAUCUGCCUGAGCAUUCUCGGGACAUGGCCCACUCGGGACCCAGAGGAAAACUGGUCUCCGAUCAAGUCCACUGUCCUGCAAAUUUUGGUUUCAAUCAUGGGGCUGGUCCUAGUGAAGGACCCUUUUUACAAUGAGGCCGGGUAUGAAGCUCUUGCCGCCGAGGGCAACAGGCGGGUCGAGUCCUCUCAGUACACCGAGAAGACGUUCCUGAUGACGCGGAAGUUUAUCAAGCACGCCUUGGAACAACCUGUAGUGGGCAUGGAGGACGUUGUGGCUUGGAACUACCUGGCGAUUCCCGCGGACUCGAGUGAUAACAAUCGGCCGGUGCUACUUCGCCGGGCCAUCGAGGCAGCGCUGGCAAUGAUCGAGCAUUAUAACAGCUCCACGAGUGGAGAUGGCAGUAGCGCCUCGGCCUUUGUCUCGCGCCUCAGUCUUGGAGCGGUGGUUAUGCUCCGCAAGCAUGUCACGGACCUUGAGAAGUUGGAAGCCGCUACGACUGCUCCAGGUCAGUCCUGAGCCACGAUCUCGGUCACCGACCAUGCUUCCAGAAUUGCCAAUAUGUCCGAAAGAUAGUUGGCCACCGUAGAGAGGAUCUGGGUGCAUGUGAUUUACAUAUCUUGGAGUAUACGCAUAGUCAUUGUUGGCAUAUCCUUCUGGCGUGGUAUCCUUAGACAUGGGUAACGGUAGUGCAGCAGACAAUGA